AGCCACCAGAUACGACAUCCCGUUAUCAUCGGUAUCCGUAGCGUAUUUAUAUUUACCGUCUCCGGUGUUCGCUGUUCGAAGCGUUUCGUUGUCGCUUCCAUACGCAGCCGUCGUUCAUUUCGUUCGCAUUCGCUACCUCGAACAGAGAUAGUUCCAGACGUUCAUCUUUGCGUCAAGUGCUUUUCGCGUGCCACAAGGUAGUGGAAACUUGUCACUGCGUGUGUAGGGUGUCUACAGGAUACUAGUGCCAAACGACCCAAUGAAGAAAAAGGUGUUAUUAAUGGGUAAGAGUGGCUCUGGAAAAACCAGUAUGAGAUCAAUAAUUUUUGCCAAUUACAUAGCCAAAGACACUAGACGUUUAGGGGCAACAAUUGAUGUCGAACACUCCCAUGUUAGAUUCCUUGGAAAUCUAGUUCUCAAUCUUUGGGAUUGUGGAGGGCAAGAAGCAUUCAUGGAAAAUUAUUUUGUUAGUCAACGAGAGAAUAUCUUCCGUAAUGUUGAAGUUUUAAUUUACGUAUUUGAUAUUGAAAGUAGAGAUGAGGAAUUGAAAAAAGAUUUGAGGUAUUACCAGACAUGUCUCAGUGCAAUUUAUGAAAAUUCUCCUUCUGCUAAAGUUUUCUGUUUAAUACAUAAAAUGGAUUUACUUCAAGAAGAUCAAAGAGAUAAGAUUUUUUCAGAACGUGAAAAUGAAAUAAUUAACAUGUCCAAACCAGUUAAAUGUACAUGUUUCAAGACAUCUAUAUGGGAUGAAACAUUAUACGGAGCAUGGUCAUCAAUUGUAUACAAAUUAAUACCAAAUGUUCAAGAACUUGAACAGAGCUUAAAAUUGUUUGCUGAUUUAAUGGAAUGUGACGAAGUAUUAUUGUUUGAACGUGCUACAUUCCUCAUCAUAUCUUUUUGUGAACGCGCUUCUCAUCGUGAUGUACAUAGAUUUGAAAAAGUAUCAAACAUUAUCAAAGGAUUCAAAUUAAGUUGUAGUAAAUUAGCUUCUCAAUUCACGGCCAUGGAAGUGAGAAAUUCAAAUUUUGCAGUGUUUAUCGAUAUAUUUACACCCAAUACAUACAUAAUGGUUGUAAUGUCCGAACCAAAUAUUCCUUCAGCUGCAGUUUUAUUAAACAUAAAAAAUGCUCGAAAACAUUUUGAAAAAUUAGAGCGUUCAAGUCAAGUUCGUCAAAAUAGCACCUGUAAAUCUUAAAUAUUAGAAACGGUUUUAGCUGAGAAUGAAAUUUUCAUAGUUUUUUUAACAUACAUAUUUUAGUUGUCAUAUUUUUUACUUAUUUUUUUUUUUUUUACAUAUA